AUGGAGAUCCCAGAAGAACGAAAGGUAAAAUUAGUGGCUUACCGACUCAAAGGUGGAGCUUCAGCUUGGUGGGAAUCUGUUUGUAUGAAUCGAUCUCGUCAAGGAAAGCCGAAGGUCGAUAGGUGGGAAAAGAUGAAGAAGCUAUUGAGAGCCCGUUUCUUGCCAAACGAUUAUGAACAGUUUUUAUUCGGGCAGUACCAGAAUUGUAAGCAGGGAGGAAGAACCGUGGAUGAGUACACACAGGAAUUCUAUCGACUAUCAUCCCGCAACAACUUACACGAGAGCGAGGCCCAACAGAUGUCUCGAUAUACAGGGGGGUUGAAGAUGGCGAUUCAGGAUCGUGUAUCUCUACAGCAGACCUAUACCUUAGCAGAUACGGUUAGCCUAGCCGAGAAGGUGGAGCGACAACUCGGACGAAAUAGUAAAGGUUCAUGGGCAGCUUCCGACGGGUCGCGCACAAGCUUUAAUCAUGGUAAACAGUCCCAAACAGUUUCUGAUCAAGAUACUACAACGAAGAAGGGCAAGGGUCCGACGACAACAACUACAAAGAAGACUACACCCCCGAACCCAUAUGCCAAGCCUGGCCCAAUCAAGUGCUAUAGAUGUGGACAGCCUGGUCAUCGAUCCAAUCAGUGCCCUAAAAGAGGUGUUGUGAACAUAGUGGAUCGUAAAGAUGAAGUUAUAGACCGUGACGAAGCUGAAGACUACGAUGAUGGAUUGGAUCCUGAUGAUGAUGGGGAACAACUCUCAUGUGUUGUGCGGCGUCUAUUAUUGGCCCCAAAGACAGAAGAUCCCCCGCAGAGGCAUAACAUCUUCCGCACGAGAUGCACUGUGAAACAAAAGAUCUGUGAUGUCAUCAUUGAUAGUGGGAGCAGCGAGAAUAUUGUCUCUCGACGCAUGGUGAAGUUAGGAUUAAAGACAGAGAAGCAUCCCGCCCCUUACAAGAUUGGUUGGAUUCGAAAGGGUAGCGACGUACAAGUUGAUGAAGUGUGUCGGGUAUCUUUUUUCAUUGGCCGAACUUAUAUCGAUGAGGCGUUAUGUGAUGUAAUUGAGAUGGACGCAUGUCAUAUCUUAUUAGGCAGGCCAUGGCAGUUUGAUGUUGAUGCCACACAUCGGGGAAAGGAUAAUAUUUAUAUAUUUAAGAAGGAUGGUCGACGAAUUAUGCUCAAGCCUCUAACUGAGAAGGGGCCUGUCAAUACCAAUGUGGCUGAAAAGAAGACUUUGUUGGUCGUUGACAAUGAAGAUUUUAUGAAAGAAGUGAAGCAGUCCAACGAGGUUUAUGCUCUUGUUUUGUCGGGAAAGGAGGAUUCUACCACAGCCGAAAUUCCACCUGGAGUUCAAACCCUCUUGCAGCAGUUUGAUACAGUUAUGCCUAACAAUCUAUCCUCUGAAUUACCAAUGCUUCGAGACGUGCAAUAUCAGAUUGAUUUCACCCCUGGAUCUCGACUACCAAAUCUGCCACACUAUCGGAUGAACCCGAAGGAAGGAGAGAUUUUGCAGAAGCAGGUGGAUGAUCUCAUCCAGAAGGGUCUUAUAUGGCCUAGUAUGAGUCCGUGUACCGUACCAGCACUACUAGUCCCAAAGAAGAAUGGAGAGUGGCGCAUGCGUGUGGACAGUAGGGCUAUCAACAAAAUCACUGUGAAGUAUCGAUUUCCUAUCCCACGCUUGGAAGACAUGCUAGACAUGUUAUCUGGAUCAAAAUUGUUCUCAAAGAUAGAUCUCAAAAGUGGUUAUCAUCAUAUUCGGAUUAGGGAAGGAGAUGAGUGGAAGGCUACUUUCAAGACAAAAGAAGGCCUGUACGAGUGA